GAUGCUUUAUAGUGUGAUGUUGCACUGCUCACUUACCUUUCCCUCACCUCAGGAGUAGCAGUUAUUUGUUGACAUGAAAAUGAAGUGCAUUCUGGGUCUCGUGGUCCUGGUGGCUGUCUCAGCCUGGGCUGAGCAGGAGGUCACUGAGGCUUUGAGUGCUUCAGAGCAGAUCGAAAGUGUCAACAGGGGCAUUGUCCAUUCUCCUGAUGAACCGUACAUAGAGGACGAUGUUGCUUAUGAAUCUGAGGCUCAGAGAAAUGCUGACCCCUGCACGUCUCGUGGCUGCAAGUGGCCCAAGUCCGCUGAUGGGAAGGUCUACGUACAUUACGUCAUUUCCAGAGUGUUCUCCCCUCGUGAGGUGUCCAUCAUCGAGCAUGGUCUGAAGUCCUUCCACCAGGUCUCUUGUAUCCGCUUUGUUAAGAGCGCCAGCCAGAAAGACUACCUGAACAUCAAGCCCUUAAAUGGGUGCUGGUCUUAUCUUGGCCGUCUUGGCAAUGCACAGGAUCUGUCCCUUGACCGCUCAGGCUGUGUUUACCACCACACUGUCCAGCAUGAGGUGCUCCACGCACUGGGCUUCCACCAUGAGCAGAAACGCUCCGACCGCGACCAGUACAUCCGCGUCGUGCUGGAGAAUGUCACCCCUGGAUUGGAGCACAACUUUGACAAAAUCCAUACUCUGAACCAGGAAACCACCUACGACUACGGCUCUGUCAUGCAUUACCACCAGUACGCUUUCUCUAAAAACAACCAGCCCACCUUAGUGGCUAUUCCUGACUCCAGUGUUAGGUUUGGUUUGGCCUCAGAGAUGAGCCAGAAGGACAUCAUCAGGCUCAACAGGCUGUACCAGUGCUGAACAGAGAAACGACUAUCAGCAGGUGAAUGAGACGAUGUAUACUUUAGCAAGAGAAUCAUCAUCAUCAUCAUCAUCAUCAUCAUCAUCAUCAUCAUCACUGUCUCCAAACACUGGCCCCACAAUAAAAUCUAUACGAUUUAAUCAACAAAAAUAAAUUUAAACAUACAGUUCCUGA